AUGGUACUGUUAAAUGAAGGUACUGUUACUCCAAAUUCUGUUAUGGAAUUCAUUGAUACCGUGAUAGAGAAUCUCAUUGAUCCACUGAAACUUGAUGAUCCAAGUUCACUCCUUCAUGUCGAGGGACUCGUGGAUCAAGUUGAAAAGGUUUUGAAGGAGUUGAAGUUCCUUUUUAGUUUUGUCAACUUUGUUUCAGACAGAUGCGUAGAGCCUGAGGUCCAGCAUACUUUCUUCACUCAUGUUUUAGAAGUGGCCUGGCACACAAUAAUGGUUACCUGGUUGUAUCUUCCAAGCCAUGCCGGCGGAUCUCCAGAUCCAGACUCUGCUCCAGCUGAAGGGUAUCCUUUGUUUUCUGAUCUACUACGAAGCAAAAUUCAGCCUAUUGAGCCAAGCAUCUCCAAGAUCUAUAUCGAUGUCCUGAAAGCUAUAAAGUUACAUCAGUCACAAUGGUAUCCCGUUAUCCAAAUUAAGUAUGUGGUAGAUUGUGAAGUUGGAUUUGUGGAGACUCUCCUACACAAUUUGGAAGAGUUACCAUUCAUUUUAAGUGGACUAGAGAUAAAGAAGAUGCUCAACUUUUUGAGAGCCCAUCUACUAAUACAGGUCUCUGAAUGUUAUAUUCAAGAUAUAGAUUCAGUGAUUGUUGAUGCAGGAAUUCUUGUUUACUCAUUAAACAAAAAAGAGAAGGGUGAUCUUGAUUUCCGAGUCAAAAUUCAGAAUCUGCAAGCAAUGAUCUAUCUCAUCACAAGAAAGACAUUUCUCCUUCAGUCCAACUUGUCUGGAAUUGACAGAGUGGGCUCUGCUGAUUUCAUUUUAGACAACAUGGAGAAGUUUCUAAGCGUCUAUCCAAAUUCAGUUGUUUCUGUCAAGAGCCAACUUCAGACAAUUCAGAAAGAACUCAAGUGCUUUCAAGCUGUUGUAGAAACACAAGUCGGACUUCAACAUUUUGUAACACAUACAAAUGGUUUGGUGUAUGAGGUAGAAUAUGUAUUUGAUGCUUGUAAGAAAAAAGAUGUUCCUGAUUGGUGUCUUUUUCUCUGGAUCUUGAACAUUGGAGAGGAUAUUAGAGUGCUCAUGGCAGAGGCAGCAGAGGUUCAAGAAAAUACUGCAUUUGACUUGGUAUUGCAUAACAUCACAGCUGCUGCCCCUACACGUACUUCUUCACAAUUUGCCAGCUAUCCAAGCACGAAUGAAGAGAUGGUGGGCUUCAAGGAUGUGAUAAACGAACUAAGAGCCAAACUAAUCAAAGGAUCAGUAAAUCUUUACCUCGUUUCAAUUGUUGGAAUGCCUGGAUUAGGCAAGACAACUCUGGCAAACGAACUAUAUUUUGAUGAGUUAGUUGUCUCUUAUUUUGAUAUCUGUGUUCACUGUUGUGUCUCUCAAGAAUAUAAACGGAAGGACUUGCUACUGGCCCUUCUACAUGAUGUUAUUGAUGAUACAGCUAAACUUGAUAGAGAGGCUGAAAAUGAAUUAGCAGACAGGCUUCAGAAACUUUUAAAGCGCAAUAGAUACCUUGUCCUCAUUGAUGAUGUCUGGAAAAGGAGUGCAUGGGAUGAUUUACAGUCAUGCUUCCCUGAAAAUAACAAAGGAAGUAGAAUUAUUCUAACAACUCGGCAUUAUGAAGUUGCAUCUUAUGCUAAACACGUUAGUGAUCCCCAUAAGCUUCGAUUUUUCAGUAUUGAUGAAAGUUGGACCUUAUUACAGAAUAAGGUGUUCAACAAAGAAAGAUGUCCCCUAGUCUUAGAGGCUGUCGGCAAAAGCAUAGCACAAAAGUGUGGAGGGCUUCCUCUUUCAAUGGUUCUGGUAGUAGGUAUCCUCACAAGAAUGAAGAAGGAAAAACAUUGCUGGGAACAUGUAUAA